AUAGACAAAGAAAAAGGAGCUGCUGUUUUUUGUAUCAGUCAUCAAUUUUAUUAUACCAAAGGUACGAACAAACAAAUUAACCGAUAAGACCGAUCAACAGAUCGACGUACGACCAUCGGUGGGCGACGGUGUCAAGAUGGUUUUUCGGCAGGAGACGAGGACUCCCGGAUGCUCAAGACGCGUCACCUGGUUACACGGACCUGACGUCACGCGGAUCGGCUCUCACCCAGAGAGUCGGGGAAUGCCUCUUUCGAAAGUCGGUCAGUGUGCCCCGCAAAAGCCGCACUGGGUAUUCUCGUCUUGCGGGCGAAGCGCCGCCGAGCCAGUCGGUCCAGAGACGUCGACGUUCGCGGUUUACGAACGCACACGCUUUCACAUCACGACCGAGCGGUCCGUUCCUACGCGCCAGUGCGCCAGGUGUUGCGGUGACUUAUUAUUAUUAUUAUUAUUAGAAGUAAUUUUUUAAGCGACUGUCAGUGGUUCCCUUUUAUUAUUACUAUUUAAUUUGUUCGACGGUGACGGGGAUUAUUUUAUUUUUUUGCUGAACCGGUGGAGUACGAUUUUUAUGUGCCAACCAUGAUUGUACGUUGGAAAUUAAUCUUUGGAUUACUACUGUGCACGAUAUCAUUAGCAAUUGCAAAGAAAGAUACGAAAUUAGAAAACUCAAAAUGUCCAAUGUUGACGGAAUGCCCGUUCAGGGCGGAACAAUGUAGCGAGGAUGACGAUUGUUCGGCCGACAGUAUCUGCUGCAAAAGUCCUUGUGGAAAAGUCUGCACCAAGCAGCUCUUCACGGGAUGUCAGACACUGCGUAUGGCCGCGUCCCGCAGGGCGAAAGCUCUGGGUGUCGAGCAGAAAAGUGUCAGGAUGCCCAGAUGUAACAAAGCCGGCGGAUUCGAACCGAUUCAAUGCGACAACGAAAUCGUCAGCUCCUGUUGGUGUGUGGACGAGGCCGGAUUCGAGUUACCUGGAACUAGGGCUCCUGCUGCAGCACUAGUCAAUUGCACCGCCCCCAAACCAUGUGCGGAUCACACUUGCCGAAUGUUCUGCCCGCACGGAUUCGCCCUGGCUAAGGACGGUUGUCCACAGUGCCGUUGCAGGGACCCCUGCGACGACGUCAGGUGUCCGAAUGCGUUGGAAUGUCAUUUAGAAGAGCUGGCAUGCGCCGAUCCACCUUGUCCGCCGAUUCCCACCUGUAAACGUGGCAGAAGUCUCGAUAACAUUUGCCCCGUCGGCGAUCCUUUAAGGAUCAGCGACACAGUUAGACCGUUCCUCUGCGGCAACGAUCCGGGCAAGCCGCAGUGUCCUCCCAUGUACCAGUGUUUGGUGCAGAAAGGAAACGACUACGGGGUGUGUUGCCCGGCCUCCCUUAAGAUCCAGAAGACGGGAUCCUGUCCGGUGACAACGGACGAUAACUUCGAGUGCGGUCAGCUGUGCACCCACGAUUUGGAAUGUCCUUCGGUGCAGAAAUGUUGCCAAACAGAACAAUGCGGUACAUCGUGCAUGCACCCAAAGAACGUGACAGAAUGUUUGCAUCAAAAGUCCUUGUCCGAGAUUCUUACUGUCAGCGAACGAGCAGGAAGAGGCUACGUACCCCAGUGCUCCGAUGACGGACAAUUCGAAACGAAACAGUGCAGUAGAAAUGGGUUGGUUUGUUGGUGUGUUGAUAGAAUGGGAAGGAAACUGAAGGGAUCCAUGGGACCGGCGGAAAACGUCAACUGUUCUUUAUUUGAAGGAAGAGUACAAGCUACAGGCAGAAGUUUGGAUAAAAACGGAAAGGAAUGUGAACAGUUAGAAUGCGCAGCUGUAUGUGAAUACGGUUUUAAACUGGAUGAAGACGGCUGCCAUUCCUGCAAAUGUGAUGAUCCAUGUGAUGGUUACAUGUGUCCUGAAGAUGAGGAGUGCGUCAACGUCAAAGAGGCUUCAUGCACAGACUUCUUGUGCCCAUCUUUACCAGUUUGUCGGCCGAAAGCUAUCUACGCCAACCCAUGCGAGCAAGGAACUCCAUUGACGGAUGAUCUGAGUGGUGCCCCAGUAGCAUGUGCUCUCAGAACUGAAGACGGAACAGUUUGUCCCUCAUCUUAUGAAUGCACAGCAGUUGCAGGAUCUACCCAAGCUGUAUGUUGCCCAAAGACAGAAGAACUAGAAGCUGAAGCCUCCGAAGAUUACGGAAAUGCUGAAAUGAGACCACAAACAAUGUGUGAAUACCUACAAGAUUUCGGAGAGAGUAUGGAAGGAACCAGAGAGGGUAUGAGAUUGGCAAUUCCACCACCAACCUGCGACCAAGAUGGCAAUUACAUCGCCACCCAGUGUUAUGAAGGUGACUGUUGGUGUGUCGAUAAUUUUGGUACUGAAAUACCAAGAACCAGAGGACAAGGCAACUCCAGUCAAAACUGUGAAGAACUGAGACAAACCAUGGACUGUUUGGACCUAACCUGUAGAAUGGGUUGUGAGUACGGAUUUUUGUUGUCUGAUGAAACUGGCUGUCCACAAUGCCAGUGCAGAGAUCCUUGUGGUGGAGUAAAAUGUAAAGAUGAUGAGCAAUGUCAGUUGGUCGAAGUCAGCUGUAAGGAUCACUAUUGUCCACCUGUACCAGCAUGUUUGCCAAGAAAAGUUGGCCAAUGUCCAUAUUUGGUACCCGCAACAAGUACCACCUGCGAUUUCGAAUGUAACUCUGACUUGGCUUGCAACGGUACGAUGCGUUGUUGUUCCAACGGUUGUGGAACUCAAUGCACUGAACCUCUCCUCCUAACAGCUUGCCAGCAUCAAAGAACGUUGGCUCAACAUCAAGCUCACGAAUCCGGUAUUCCGGCAGGCAAAGUUUACAUGCCAAACUGUUCCAGCGAUGGAUCAUACGAACCAAAACAAUGCAAUCCUGGUACUGGAGAAUGUUGGUGUGUUGAUGAAAGCGGUUUUGAAAUAUCUGAAACUAGAACAAAAUACAACAAGCCUCUCUCGUGCGAUCCACCACCGAAACCAAUCAAGUGUCGCAAGACUGAAUGUGAAGAUGAAUGUGAACAUGGUUACGAAAUGGAUGAAAAUGGUUGUCGUACUUGCGAAUGUGUGGAUCCAUGCACUAAAAUAUCCUGUAGAGGCGAAGGUGAAACUUGCAGAUUGGUCACUGUAGAAUGCGUAAGUUGGCCUUGUCCUUCCGUACCAAUGUGUCUGCCGAAGAAAGAAAACCCAUGUCAAAGCGGAGAGCCCUUAAAACUUGGCAAAAGCGAUGAAUUGGUCACUUGCGGUCCAGACUUCGAAUCUUGUCCGUCCUCUCACAAAUGCCAACUCAGUCCAGUUGGGGAAUACGCUGUGUGUUGUCCAAAACCGAGAGAUGUUUGCUUCGAAACGCUAGAUAAAGGAAAAUGUGAUGAUCCAGAAGACGCCACAAACGUUACCAGAUAUCAUUUCAACGCCAGAACCAACAAAUGUGAACCAUUCAUCUACAGUGGUUGCCAAGGAAAUCAUAACAAUUUCCAUUCAGAAUACAUGUGUAACACUGUAUGCCCAGUUCUAAGUCAAUGUGAACGUCUCCGUGAAAAGAACCAACGUGCAGCGGAACGUUACAAAAAACCCACAUUCACACCUCGUUGUGAACCCAACACAGGAAUAUGGCAAGCCGUCCAAUGUUUGGAGCACGUUGGUGUUUGCUGGUGUGUCACACCACAAGGAGAACCACUUAAAGGCACAUUAACUCGAGGUGCAGAGCCAGAAUGUAACUUCAGACAAGCAAGAAACAGAGCUAAUGACAGAUCAGAUUUCGCUAGUGAAGCUGAUUUGGUAUUGGAAGAAUUAAUGAUGCAAAUUGGAUCAUUUGAUGACGAAGACGAACCUGAAGACCUUAAAGCUGAAGACAGGAACAAUGAUAUAAUGAACUGGGACUAUAAAACCACAACAAGAUGUGAAGCCUUAGGUGGACAGUGCGACGAAUACGGAAAGUUCUUGCCCACUCAAUGUGAAGAAGAUACUUGUUGGUGUGUUGAUGAGGCUGGUAAUCAGUUACCACAAACCAGCACCUUCCCUAGAGGAGAGCGUGUUUGCUCUACAACACCAAUAGAAAGUGUAGAAGUAACGCUUGGAUUUAGAGGAGAGUUUGAUGACAUCUCAGCUGUACCUGUAGUUAAUCAGAUAACCAAAAUAAUAAAACACUUAAACGGAAAUAUUCACGAAAACGGUUUGAAGACUGAAAUUGCCCCAGAUGCUUUAUACGUUAAGUUUUCAUUAAUUGGAAGCAGCAAAGUAGAUGUUGCAUACAAUGUGGAACAAAUGAUUAUGCAACAAGUAAUGCCAGGGUUAACAGCCGAUAUUACCAGGUCCAGAGUACUCCAUAAAUUAUACGCGCAAGAAAGCGUCAUGCCAGAACACUUCAUUGCAUUAGAACACAGGGAAAUAGUAUCCCAGUCACCAGUAUCAGUUGUAGCCCCAUAUCACACAGCUCUAAUUGUAAUUGCCGCAGCUUCAGCUUUCGUUAUCUGCGUCUUGACACUUUUGGUAAUCUUGUACAAAAGAAAGAUGAACAGCUUAAAUUCUAAGCAAAUCGUUGAAGACAACCGUUUUCUUUCCAACAACAGACCCAUCUACAUUGAGUUGCCCAACGAAAAGUACAGUACCAUAUCAGCAGACUUGAAGCAGACAUAAUUUAUAUAUCUUAAGUUAUGCAUUGUAAAAAAUAGUAUUGUAUGUACAUUAAAACUGCCAUUUGAAUAAAUCUAUGUGUAUUUGACUUUGUGAUUAUCAUUUUUAUAAGACUUAGUUUUAGGGUAAUGUAGAUUUUUCUUGAAACGACAGUUUUAUUCAUAUGGCAUUAUUAUUAUAAGUUAAUUUAUAAAAUAUAUGUAUAUAGAGAA